CCUCACACUAUGGCUUCUUUUGGAAACCAACUCUCUUUCUUCUUGUUGUUGGUACUAGUUAUCUCCCCCAAAAUUCAAGCCAGAGAAGGCAAAGUCUUUAGCCUCUUCACCCAUUUCAGGACCAUUUACAAUGCCAAAGAUCCUCAAGUUCCUAAUAACAAAGCCAAAGCUGAAUCUCCAGCACCAACACCAGAACCAAUAGCAGCACCAACACCAGCACCAGCACCUUCAACUUCACCAGCAACUGGGUCAACAAUACCAUCUGGGCCGGCACCAGAGCCUGAAUUUUUUGAUAGAGGAGAUGGUUAUGGCCUGUAUGGUAAGGGUUCUUCUUCUAACCAAUACUCUCCCACCAAGGAGACUCAAACCACCACAACUUUUGAAAAUGAGCUUCUCAAUGAAGACUUCAAUGAUGAGAGCUACAAAACUGGCUUCCCCAAGACCAACUUCCACAAUAACUACGACAGCGAAGAGUACAGAAACAACUACAACAAUGAAGAGUACAGGAACAGUUACAACAAUGGCUACAACAAAAAUUACGUAAAUAGCUACUCCAAUAACUUCAACAACCUCAACAAUGAAUAUGAGAUAAAUAAGGAAGGAAUGAGUGACACAAGGUUCUUAGAGAAUGGCAAGUACUAUUAUCAUGUGAAUACUGAAAAUGAGAAUUAUAACCUCAAUGGGUAUGAAUCAGGGAGAGGAAGCACUGAAAAUGAAGGGUACUUUGAGAAAAAUGAGUAUCCAAAUGAGUUUGAUACCAUGGAAGAGUACGAGAAGCAGCAAGCAAGCCAAGGGUACACUCCUUGAUUUUUUAUUUUAUUUUUUUUAAUUUUUGUUCCUUUGUGUUCGAAGAGUCAGAGUGACACAAAGACACAGUGCUUACACAUUUGAGAAAAAAAAAUUACGAAGUUAUGAGAGAUUUGUGAUGCUUUACUUUCAAGUUUCAUCCUUGAUCUUGCACGGUUUCAUAUUUUGCUGAUCAAAGCGAUGGAAAGUAUGCAGUGUUAUCAUUUGUCUAGUG